CCUACAUUCAAUCAUGACCUUGGUAUAUGAUUAGACCGAUAAUCCAUUUCCUUGUUCAGCAGUCGUGUUCAUAGACUACCUGAUGUUGAUACUGUAUGGCGUUAGAUACCUUAUGGGUCCUAAUCUUUUGGAGACAGAGAUGCGUUGCGCGAUAUUCAGAUCUUCGUCCCACUCGGUCUUCCGUAGAGUUGCUCCAGUAUUCUGAAGUAGUUAUCCGCACUCAUUUGCCAUUCUCGAGUACCGAAUCUAUGUUUAAUUUAGUCGCACUCCAGUAUGCGACCAUAGGGUAUGACAAACAGGCUUCCCAUUUAGUUAGCUGUACUCCGUACUUAAAAUAGUAUUAUUAACAUAGCUCGAAGUUAUACUCCGAAACCUAGACCUGUAGCAGAGCUGUUGAACGUAAGUCACGGCUGAAGCAUUUGAAGCCCCUUAAUAUAAUAAACAGACGGUAAGUAAUGGUAUUUGAAUGAGUUCCCCGUUUCUACGAGGUUCCCAGAGAAUAUCGGAGCUUCAAUGGAUUUGAUUAAUGGCCACUACAGGAAAGACUAGGAAGGAUCAGC